GUGUGGGUCAAGUAACGUCCAUUUUCUACAGCUUUGAUCAGAGUCUGUUGGUCAUUGUUUUCUGGAACCAAACAAACUGCAGGUCAUCGUUGUACUGCUGCUGGUGUGGACGGGAGCCUCUCACAAGUGGUCAGAGUGGAGGCUGCAUCUGGCUGCUUUGAUCUUUGUUCUCUGGACUAAAUGAAAAUGCUGGUCAUCUUUGGAAUCCUGGUGAUGUUCACAGAAGCUGGAAUGGGUUUGCUGUUCAUGAACCCUGAUUGUAGAUUUACUCAGAGUGAUCCAUGUUAUGGAGCUGUGGGACGACCACUGUACCUGCAGCUGCCAUCUGAAGAUCAAUUAGACUUAAAGAAGAACAUCAGUGGAACUGCUUCUGGAUACGUUUUCAGAUUUAAAAAACAAAAAAUCACACAAAACCAUUCAGAUUAUCCAAGAUGGCAGUUUGUUACUAAUAACAGCACCAUGAUAAUAAACAGUGCAGAGAAAAGAGACUCAGGAAGAUACAUUUUAGAAACAUUUGAUUCAGCAGGGAGAGACAGAGGCAUUUAUCAUCUCCAGCUGGUUAUUGAAGCUGUGGUGUCCUCAGUGACUGUGACAGACAGCUGCUUAUCUAUUGAGAAGAGGAAAGUUUACUGUUCCUCUGAUGGAGAGAAUGUGCACUACAACUGGACUUUCCAACAAACACACCAACUGACUGAUGAGAAACAAACUCUUCUGCUGGACAAGGAAGCUGUUGGAAGUGUGACCUGUUAUGCACAAAAUCAUGUUAGCCGUGGAAACAAAACUAUUGAACUACAACAGUGUCCUGAUCCUACAACUGUGACCUCCACUACAACUCAGAAGACCAAAAUGACCCCACUGACACAAUCAGGCAAGGGUAAAAGUCUCACAGUGUCUGAUAAAGAGGCUCAGAACCCCACUCAUAAUCGCACCUCCAACCCUCAAGUCCCUUUCAGUUUUCAGAGUAAGUGA